AUGUUUGUUUCAUCAGUUACUACUACUACUACUACUACUACUACUACUACUACUACUACUACUACUACUACUACUACUACUACUACUACUACUACUACUACUACUACUACUACUACUACUACUACUACUACUACUACUACUACUACUACUACUACUACUACUACUACUACUACUACUACUACUACUACUACUACUACUACUACUACUACUACUACUACUACUACUACUACUACUACUACUACUACUACUACUACUACUACUACUACUACUACUACUACUACUACUACUACUACUACUACUACUACUACUACUACUACUACUACUACUACUACUACUACUACUACUACUACUACUACUACUACUACUACUACUACUACUACUACUACUACUACUACUACUACUACUACUACUACUACUACUACUACUACUACUACUACUACUACUACUACUACUACUACUACUACUACUACUACUACUACUACUACUACUACUACUACUACUACUACUACUACUACUACUACUACUACUACUACUACUACUACUACUACUACUACUACUACUACUACUACUACUACUACUACUACUACUACUACUACUACUACUACUACUACUACUACUACUACUACUACUACUACUACUACUACUACUACUACUACUACUACUACUACUACUACUACUACUACUACUACUACUACUACUACUACUACUACUACUACUACUACUACUACUACUACUACUACUACUACUACUACUACUACUACUACUACUACUACUACUACUACUACUACUACUACUACUACUACUACUACUACUACUACUACUACUACUACUACUACUACUACUACUACUACUACUACUACUACUACUACUACUACUACUACUACUACUACUACUACUACUACUACUACUACUACUACUACUACUACUACUACUACUACUACUACUACUACUACUACUACUACUACUACUACUACUACUACUACUACUACUACUACUACUACUACUACUACUACUACUACUACUACUACUACUACUACUACUACUACUACUACUACUACUACUACUACUACUACUACUACUACUACUACUACUACUACUACUACUACUACUACUACUACUACUACUACUACUACUACUACUACUACUACUACUACUACUACUACUACUACUACUACUACUACUACUACUACUACUACUACUACUACUACUACUACUACUACUACUACUACUACUACUACUACUACUACUACUACUACUACUACUACUACUACUACUACUACUACUACUACUACUACUACUACUACUACUACUACUACUACUACUACUACUACUACUACUACUACUACUACUACUACUACUACUACUACUACUACUACUACUACUACUACUACUACUACUACUACUACUACUACUACUACUACUACUACUACUACUACUACUACUACUACUACUACUACUACUACUACUACUACUACUACUACUACUACUACUACUACUACUACUACUACUACUACUACUACUACUACUACUACUACUACUACUACUACUACUACUACUACUACUACUACUACUACUACUACUACUACUACUACUACUACUACUACUACUACUACUACUACUACUACUACUACUACUACUACUACUACUACUACUACUACUACUACUACUACUACUACUACUACUACUACUACUACUACUACUACUACUACUACUACUACUACUACUACUACUACUACUACUACUACUACUACUACUACUACUACUACUACUACUACUACUACUACUACUACUACUACUACUUCUAAUACUACUAAUACUAAUACUAAUGGGACUGCGCACGCAAAUGCAUACAUUGGUAACAAUGUAAAUAUAAGUUUGUUUUAG